AUGUUCUUGGGCCGUCCAAAGUUUGCACCCUCUGCGGUAGCGGGUGCCAUUUUUGGUUUGGCAGUUAUGCUGCUAGUUGAUGGCAUCAUUACGGCACAACAUGAGGCGAACGUUGCGCACCACGUCACUUUCACGAUGUUUAUGCCUGCACUUUUAUCCGUAGUUGGUUUUUUUGUGAUGAUUCUUAUCUCUCCUGUGGAGGUGAAAAACGAUGUGCCAAGGGCCAAAGCAGGGCUUUUUAUUAGUUGGAUUCUUUGUUUUGGCUCCUCUGUCGCCGCGCUUGUAUUGUGCAAGUUGAAGUUUGCGGGGCUGCAGGAGCGUGAGCGUUCCGUUCCGGGGGUGGCGGUGGUGGGUUUUACUAGUCUUACGCCACUUGCCGGUGCCAUCCUUUGGUGGGGCAAGCAGUCGUUGCUAGACGACUAUUAG